GCCCACCCGCAUGGGUAACGCGCACGCGCGACUUGCAGCAGAGCAAGUGUAGUGUAGUAGUGCUGAGGCGAGACAAAGAUGGCGGCGAUGGCGGGGGAAGCAGCGUGAUACGCUGGAGGAGUUGAGUUUUUCACCGACCCGAGUACGAGCGCUCCAUACACCGAGGACAAGGCACCAUGUCAGAGUAGGCGAGCAAGCUUGAAAGCAUUUCGCGUCAAAACCAGAGCGCUUUAUUUUUGGUCCGCGACAGGACGGCCAUCUUUCCGCUGAAGGAGACGGAGAAGCAGAACCAUCUCACCGGGAGCAUGGCUGCGCACGGCAACCAGUACAUCUUUGGGGAGUUCAGCCCGGACGAGUUCAAUCAGUUCUUCGUGACGCCUCGCUGUUAUGUUGAGCUUCCUCCCUUCAACGAGAAAGCCUCCUGUGUCACUCAUAACUCAGGAGGUUACUGCACUGUUGAUGUGCCGUACAUUACGGAAUCAAUGAGACGGCAGGUCUGCGGAGAGGACUACCAGCACAUCGAGUUUGGAGUGGAUGAGGUGAUGAGUUCAGAGCCUGUGAUGGUAAAAGACUCCUCGUACAAAGUGUCCAGCACUCUGAACCCUCAGGCUCCCGAGUUCAUCCUCGGCUGCCAGCCGGCUCAGAAACCUCCCCCCAUGGCCGCUCCGGUCUCCGGCGACUCGCUUGAGCCCGAUUUCAACUCCGUGGACUGCGCGGACUCUGAGCCUUCGGCCCUGGAUGGCCAGCAGGCCUGCUCUGACGCAGAUGGCGUUUCCGGCGGCCUGGGCCUACGAGAACGCAAAAAAAAGAAAAAACGACCUCCAGGAUACUACAACUAUCUGGAGGGCUGCGAAAGUGGAGGUGCACCAGUGGAUGGCGUGACCAGCACGGGGCUGGUGAACGGACACGGUCUCAGCACUCCGGCCCUGGGGUCUGAGGACACUCCCACUGAUUUGACUCCUUCCACACUUUCUUCCACAUCAUCCACAGGUCAGUCUGGCCCUCCCACCAACCAGAGGACUUGUGACAGCCCUGAUGAAUCUUCCGUGGACUUGCCAAGCGGGGCCGCCUCUUUGUUGGACGGUAAUGCCGCGGCUUCCUCCUCCUCCUCCUCCUCUUCUUCUUCUUCCUCCUCCCAGAGUGGUGGUCAUGCUGAAGGGGCCAGGACUGCAGAGCAGCACUCAGAACCCUCUGCUCUAGAUAGCCCCGAACUGCCGGGCAGCGACCCAUGCCCGACCUCUUCGCCUUCUCCUCCCCCUUCUGCUGCUGACCCUGCUACUACUGAUGAGGAUGAAGAGCGCCAGGCUAACGGGACAUCAGAGCAGUCGCCUGCCACCAGACUCGACAUGGCCGAUACUCAGGCAGGCGCUGUUUUGGUCCCAUCCCCCACGGACUCAGGGGCUCGGGCACCUUCACUUUCUCCGCCCUCUCCUGCCAUGGCGACUGUCCCAAACGCCCCCAAAUCCUGGGCUAGUCUCUUCCACAACUCCAAGCCUUCGGCCGGAGGCCCUCAGGCAUACGUCGAGGUGAAGGCCGCAGUCGUCACGGUGCCCGCGGCUCCCACCCCUGCCGCCGAGCAGUCAGAGAAACCUUGCGACAUCCGGGAGGGGCCCGUUCCCGUCUCGGAAGACCCCAUGGCACCAAAACUGGCAGAACUUAUCGAGAAUGUGAAGUUGAUGCAUAAGCCUGUGUCUCUGCAACCCAGAGGACUGAUCAACAAGGGCAACUGGUGCUACAUCAAUGCCACCCUGCAGGCGCUGAUCGCAUGCCCGCCCAUGUAUCACCUGAUGAAGUCCAUUCCCAUCUUUACUGAAACGCAAAGACCCUGCACGUCCACGCCCAUGAUGGACAACUUUGUUCGGCUCGUGAAUGAGUUCAGCAACAUGCCUGUUUCCUCAAAAGCCAAACAGCAAGGAGAGAAGAUAACAAAAGAUAUCAGACCGGGUGUUCCCUUUGAGCCAACGUACAUCUACAAACUCCUCACGCUGACCAAAUCCAGCCUCUCAGAGAAGGGUCGUCAGGAGGAUGCUGAGGAGUAUCUGGGCUUCACGCUGAACGGACUGCACGAGGAAAUGCUCACACUCAAGAAGCUUAUUUCUCCACCAGAAGAGAAAGCUUCCACACCGAACGGGCCGGGGUCACAUGUAGUCACCGAGGAACCCGCAAACAGAGGGGAGGACGAGGGAGAGGAGGGAAGCGAGGAUGAGUGGGAGCAGGUUGGACCCAGGAACAAAACCUCUAUCACCCGGCAAGCAGAUUUCAUCCGCACCCCCAUCACUGACAUAUUUGGAGGGCACAUCAGAUCGGUGGUGUACCAGCAGAGCUCGAAAGAGUCGGCUACGCUCCAGCCGUUCUUCACGCUGCAGCUGGACAUCCAGUCGGAGAAGAUCCGCACGGUGCAGGAGGCGCUAGAGACCAUGGUGGCUCGUGAAUCGGUCCAGGGCUACACCACUAAAACCAAGCAGGAGAUCGAGAUCAGCAGACGGAUGACUCUGGAGGAACUCCCUCCCGUGCUCGUGCUCCACCUCAAGAGGUUCGUCUUUGAGAAGACCGGCGGCUGCCAGAAGCUGGUCAAGAACAUUGAUUACCCCGUGGACCUGGAGAUUAGCAAAGAUCUCCUGUCACCGGGUGUGCGGAGCAAAACUUUGAAAGGCCAAAGAACCUACAGGCUCUUUGCAGUCGUCUAUCACCAUGGGAACAGUGCCACGGGCGGCCAUUACACUACGGACGUCUUCCACAUCGGGCUGAACGGCUGGCUGCGCAUCGACGACCAGGCGGUCAAGGUGAUCAACCAGUACCACGUGGUGAAGCAGACUGCAGAGCGCACCGCCUACCUGCUUUACUACCGCCGUGUCGACCUGCUGUAGAAAACCACACACUUAGACACACACACACACACACUUUCUAACCCAACACACACUCACACAAUCACUGUCUCACACGCCUCAACAGGAACACUGCCCAACUUCUUGUUCUUCUCCUCCUCAUGCGAGUUUCCUCCCUCUCCUCGUCAUCCCUCGCUUUCACGCGGAGCCGGCUUUUUCAUGUCGGGGAAAAUUUCAAACCCGGUAUCUUAAAGACUUCUGUGAGAUGUUUCGAGACUGAUGCUGCAGCGUGAAGGAGGGCACGGCGACAGACGGAGACGCUUCAAUCCCCUUCCUCCGCCAGACUGAUCGAGGGACUGCGUUUUUUCUUCUUCUCUCUUUUCCUUUUCUUAAGCAAUUUUUUUAAUGGCAUCGUGUGAGAGUGAACGAUUUAAGUGUUUUGCCUUUUAUCGAAGGGAUUCAGUGGUCGUCGUUCUGCUGGAUGAAAUCAUAAAUUUUUUUCUUUUUUUUUGUCUUUUCUUUUUGAAGCCCUCCACCAGCAAACUUUGACACACACAAAAAAAAACUGAGUCGAGCACGCAGAACACGAGUUUCCUUCCGAAUCCUGGCGACACAAGACACUCUGCUCCGCCGUUGCCAUCUCCUCGUUUUUCUCCUCUUUCUUCUCCUCUUUCUCUUCCUCCUUUGCACUCCUCUCCUCUCUGCUUUGUUGUUCUCUCGUCUGUCCUUCAUGAUCUCGACACUCAGGCCUAGCUGAGCGAAGAAAAGCAAGUAAAAAACACUGGAGCCAUCAGAUUAUAAGGAGACGUCAGAUCGGGAGCGAGGGAGCUGUGGCUGGAG